GCGAAUCGGUCACCGGUAGACUCGUUUUAUCUGUAGUCAUGAAUGCACGUUUAGUUUUCAUCUGUGUUUAGUUUUAUUAACCUAGCUUUAGUAUUUAAUAAACCGGUCAAGGGUUACCGACACAAAUUGCAUUAAAAGAGGUUACGUUUCUUUUUAUACCGGUUUUUAGGAUGGUGUAUUAUUAUUGUAUUAGAUUGUGAACUUAGGUAAUAGUUGGUUUUCUCUCAGUACCACAAUUAUAAUGGCAAGUAUGCUGGUUGAUUUGGACGUUGAAGGUCUUAGUGCAGAGGUCAACAAAGUGUACAAACCUGACUUCUCAACGACAAGAAAAUUGUACUAUCAUGUGAAGAAAGUGACAUUUGCAAAAUUUGUGGCAUCCAAGAAAGUUCCUCCAGCCUGUGAAAACAGCUCGCCGGCUCUUUGGCACUGCUGCGGACAGUCAUUCAAAGAGUCAGCGUCGAUCCACAGACACACCGCCAACAGCCAUGCCGCUGAGAUCCACCAGCUGACCACCGAGACCCUGGACGAGAUGCUCCAGCAGGAUCACAGCGAGGAAGCGUCCAUCAACGAGGGAUCAGCAGAUGUAUCAUCCUGGAUCCCUGAUACCAGACACAUCCCAGAGGAUGAUCUCGUCAAGGGUCCAGGUGAAGUUCUGCUGUAUUACUGCUACUGUCGGUUAAAUGACCCUCGGGUCAUUUGUGAGUGGCAGAAAGAGCUUUGUUUAAAGCUUCAACUAACAGGCAAGGUACGAGUGGCUACUGAAGGUAUCAACGGGACAGUUGGUGGCACCAAAACAGCCACUGAACUUUACAUCAAGGCAAUGCUGUCACAUCCAACCUUCAAAAUAAUGCAAGUUCAGGAUUUCAAGAAAAGCGAAGGAGGUGCAGCAUGCUUUUCUGAUAUGAAGGUUGGCGCUUACAAAGAAAUUGUCCCUAUGGGUGUGGAUCCAGACAUCGUUUCCUACAGGCUGGCUGGAAUACACUUGGAACCAGAGGAAUUUCACAAAGAAGUGGAGGCCUUUGUGGAAAAUCAGUCCUCGGGCAAUGAUACAAUACUUCUGGACUGCAGAAACUUCUAUGAGAGCAAAAUUGGUCAGUUCAGUCAGUGUUUGGCCCCCGACAUCCGCAAAUUCAGCUACUUCCCAGACUACGUGGAUAAAAAUCUGGAUCUCUUCCGGGACAAAAAGGUUCUGAUGUACUGUACAGGAGGCAUCCGCUGUGAGCGAGGCUCGGCUUAUCUCAAAUCAAAAAACGUAUGCAAGGAGGUGUACCAGCUGAAAGGAGGCAUUCACAAGUACUUGGAGAAGUUCCCCGAUGGCUUCUACCGUGGUAAACUCUUUGUGUUCGAUGACCGUUAUGCCAUCGCUUUUAAUCAGGACGUCAUUUCAGAGUGCAGAUACUGUAGUCGUCCGUGGGAUCGAUAUCAGCUGUGCUCUACAGACGUCUGCUGCCAGCUGGUUCUGUCGUGCACCGCCUGCAGGGAGCGUGGCCUGACGGCCUGCUGUCACGCGUGCCAAGCCAAAGAGCAAAACCACAGCGACGUCUCCUUCGGUGGUCUUUCUCGCCGAGAGGAAUGCGAAUGCACAAUGUCCCGUCCCAGAAUCCCCAAAGACACGCUAUGACCUUCUCAGACGGAUCCUGCAACUUUGUGUGAUUUUAAGACUUCUACAAAAUGACUUUUAAAAACGGCUGUAGAUAUUCAGUCCUGAUUUUAAGAAAACUGGACACAAUGCGAGUCUUCAUUCUCACUCUUAAUUUUAUUUGACAUUCGAAAUCAUACAUUUGAAUGGGACUAGUUAAUUUGUUCAACAAUACUAGGUCAUUCAACUCAAACUAUACAUAGGCAAAGAUGAUAUACAUACACACACACACAAAGACAAAAACACUAUUUAAUUGCAUUUUUCCACAAAGAUGAGAUCAAAUUAAUAAAAACAACACAAACAGUCA